AUGUUGAUUACAGAUAGUUCAAUGGGGUGCAACGUGAACGCGCAGACGAACGUCCAGAAUGAAUACCUGUUAGCUGUUAAUACGCUGGCUUCCAUAUCUCAAAGAAGGUUUUUGAAUGUCUGGAUGGCCUUCGAACCGAUUUUUAAGCUAACAACUUGGGGCAGACAGCACGAUCGUGCUCUGAAUAUUGUACACGGAUUUGUGAACAAGAUAAUAGUUGAAAGAAAGUUGGAGUGGAAGUCGAAGAAAGCGGAGGUUGUGCAAGAGAAGAUGCAGAAACGUCAGGCGCUGUUGGAUUUACUGUUGGAAAUGUCAAACGAUGGGAAAACUCUGUCUGAUAACGAUAUUAGAGACGAGGUGAACACAUUCAUGUUCGCGGGACAUGACACGACGGCCACCAGCGUGUCCUGGGUACUUUACGCCCUCGGUCGACACCCCGAGUACCAAGAGAAAAUUCUGAAUGAAUUUUCUGAAAUGAUAGGACGGAAGAAACUAAGCCUGGAUUUAGUGAACAAACUGAGCUGGCUGGAAGCAUGCAUUAAAGAGUCCUGGCGACUUUAUCCUGUCACUCCAUUAAUUGCUAGGCAGAUUUAUCAUCCCAUCACCAUUUUGAAGAAAGAGAUCCCAGUUGGAUCCACCGUUCUGAUCAACUCGUUCCUGCUCCACCGCGACUCGCGCUAUUUCCCUGAGCCGGAGGUCUUUAAACCUGAACGUUUCCUACCGAAUGGUAGCAGGUAUCCGUCUUACGCGUUCAUCCCAUUCAGCGCUGGUUCCCGGAACUGUAUCGGCUGGAGGUUCGCCACGAUGAUCGUGAAAAUCAUUGUUUUGCACGUCCUUCGAAGCUUUACAGUGGAAUCAGUGGAGAGGGAAGGGGAUCUAAGGUUCAUCUGCGAGCUGGUGCUACACAAUGCUGCCGGGGUGAAGUUGAAAAUCGUCCCAAGAUCAUCGAAAGACGACUAACUGAAGUUAAUCUCAUACGGAGAAUAAUAUUUAAUAACAAAAACUAUAAUAAAGAUUUUUCUACGACCAUUAGAGAACAGCAACUUCUCAAAUUCUUCUGUCUCCUUCUAUAUCACUCUUCUAUCAAAAUAAAUAAAAGUACAAAUAAACUGUACUAUUAGUAUAUUAUUAAUAUUAAUAUUUGUUAGGGAUGGUUGCCAUAACCGAGAGCCAGAAGGUGAGAAUCAGCUCUUUAAGGACGUUUGUUAGAGAUUUUGAAAAUGUUGAAAAAUUCUGAAAAAAUUAUAUGUUAUUCUUGAAAUAGAAAAAAUGAACUGUUAUCUUUUUCAGAAUUUUCUACCGUUUUAUUAUUAAGAAAAAUGAAUGAGAAUAUUAGAAAUUUAACAUGCAUUCUUAUGGAGACCAAAGUUUAUUAUAAGAAAUAAGUACUUUUUAAAUGUACAAAUACAAAAUAAAUGUUAUCAUCGGAUAAAUUAACAU